GACGCUCGGCGCCGUCGCGACGUCGAUUGCGAUGCCGCCCGCGACGCUUUUCCACUAUUCAGUCGCCGCAGCCACCUUCGAUGUUGACAGGAAUCUGUGAUGAUGAUGAUGUUGUAUUUAUAAUUCUUGUGUGUCAAGUUUGAACGUAAAUGUGCUGGUGUGAAUCUGCUGCUGCUGUCGAAGGACCACCGUCUGAGUGUUGUUCAUCGUUUGUUACCAGUAAUCGCUAUCAGAUUCGUUCCAAGUCGAGUGGAGUGAUAUCAGAUAUUGUAAUGGUGGUGUCAUCUGGAAACAUAGUACACCCCCUCAUUUCAGUUUUCACUUUUCACCAAAACUGAGUUCAAAUAAGGU